AUGGCUGACAGGAGCCUCAUCGAGGGCGCCGAGCGCUGCCCGCGCCGGGACGACGCUCCGGAGUGGGGCUACGAGGAAGGGGUCGAGUGGGGGCUGAUCUUCCCGGACGCCAACGGGGAGUACCAGUCGCCGAUUAACCUGAACUCGAGAGAAGCGAAGUACGACCCGGCGCUGCUGGAGGUGCGUUUGUCGCCCAACUACGUGGUGUGUCGCGACUGCGAGGUGAUCAACGAUGGGCAUUCGAUUCAGAUCGUCCUGAAGUCGAAGUCAGUGUUAGUAGGUGGGCCAUUACCUCGUGGACAUGAAUUUGAACUACACGAUGUUCGAUUUCACUGGGGGAGAGAAAACCAGCGUGGUUCUGAACACACGGUUAAUUUUAAAGCCUUUCCCAUGGAGCUUCAUCUAAUGCACUGGAACUCCACACUGUACAGCAGCAUUGAUGAGGCAGUAGGGAAGAAGCACGGCAUAGCUAUUGUUGCUUUGUUUGUGCAGAUAGGGAAAGAACAUGCAGGCCUAAAGGCUGUAACUGAAAUUCUCCAGGACAUCCAGUACAAGGGAAAGUCCAAAACAAUACCCUGUUUUAAUCCCAACUCGUUAUUGCCAGAUCCUCUACUACGUGACUAUUGGGUGUAUGAGGGCUCCCUAACCAUUCCACCCUGCAGUGAAGGUGUCACCUGGAUACUAUUUCGCUAUCCUUUGACUGUGUCCCAAGUGCAGAUAGAAGAAUUUCGUAGAUUGAGGACACAUGUUAAAGGUGCAGAACUUUUAGAGGGCUGUGAUGGAAUCUUAGGAGAUAACUUUCGACCAACUCAGCCACUUAGCGACAGAGUCAUCAGGGCUGCAUUCCAGUAGCAGAAGAGAAGAAAAAACAAAAAUAAAUCAUUAUUCAGAGAGGAGGAAGACAAUGCUCCCACAGUGCCCUUGGAUGAGAAAUGGAAACUUUCGAGACUGCUGCUUCAGUCGAACCACAAAGCCUGUAUUGUUUGCCUUCAUCUAAUUCAGCCUUGAUAGACAGCUGUGACAGUUGGUCUGUCCACACGGUCCAGUGAAAUUCUGGGAAUGGGUCUGUACAUUAAAAGAAAAAAACACAUCAGAUCUUCCAAUUCACACUGUUACCUAUUUUAAAACAGUAAUUAUCAGUACUUAUGUAGUAUCUUUAGUAUAGCAUUCAGUAAUGGUCUGUAAUCCAAAUAGUAAUAGUUUUAAGC